UAUUUGUUGUCUCCUUACAAACAUUUUUUAGAAAAUUAUUUAACAAAAUGACCGACGCACAAUUUGGUGUGCGCCACGUAAUUGGUGCCCCGGUGGCCACGACGCGCCUAUCAGAGCAGGCGAUCGUCUGCGUACCCCCCAGGUCCGCUAAGUUCACUCUCGCAGAGUGGAAGCUUAACAACGACGCAAGAAACAGAAACGCCGAAGACCAGGCCCAACUCGCCGACAGGGUCCUUAAAGAAUGUGAGAGAGUCCGCGACCAAACAAAAGAAAGCGCGAAACUCUUAAAAGAAACCACGGACCGGCGCAUAGACGAACGAGUUGGUGAUGUUGAGUUCAAUAAAGGAGAGUUGAAGGUACAAAGAAAAGAGAUUUGCAAUGAGCUAGAAGCUUUAAGUAUGUAUAAGACUCGGCUGCAAGACUGCUUAGCUUCACUGCAAUCGAAUGCUCUUACGAUCUGUAGAAAAUGCCUCAUGUUGAGAGACGGCCGGUUAGGAAUCGAUUUGGCUGUCGAUAAUGUUGAAGAUGCGCUGCAAAAUGAAAUAACUACUAUUCUCGGGGGCCAAAGUCUUUUGAAACGAGCUCUUGAGCAGUUGAAUGAACAGAUGCGACGACUGCGUUCCGUUCGGUACCUACUAGAUCGCGAUUUGCAGUACAAGCAAGCUGCCAUCGAUUCCGAUAAAGGGUCACUCACGUUAAAACCGACUGAUUUAUGCCUGUCCGUUUACGAAGGCUAUGCAAAUCUAGACCCUGCUGAUAUUUCAGCUGAAGAGUAUAAUGCGUACUCCGCGAAGAACAUCCAACAGGCAGCACGAGAAGUGGCUUCCGCUCGGCCGAUACGCAUAUUCAUUGAUACUUUGCUCAAACAAGUUAUUGAUGAUUUAUGGACAUCCUAUAACAGAUGCAACCACGAAUUCAAUGAGCGUAUUAAAGAGACUCAUAUUGCAAAAGGGAGGCUGGAGGAGAUGCAUCAUGAGACGGCGAAGAAGAUUUGUGACAUGCAGAAUAAUAUUUUAGAGUUGCAAAAGGCUCUAGCUGAAAAGGAGGGGUACAUAGGUUUGGCGCACACGAGACUUGGUCGGAGGUCUCAGAGAGUAGGCGCUGAGUUGGUGAAGGAUCCUCCAGGGCAGUCCCUGUUCUACGAGUGUGAGAGCCUCCGGCACAGCGUGGAGCAGCUUCAGCAGAUGCUACAGGAAGCCACGGCCUCUCUGCGCUAUUUGCUGCAGACACAAAUCCAAUUGGAAGAAGAUAUCAACGUCAAGAUGAAUACUUUGAAGAUUGAUGAGGUGGAUUGCAUGACUUUGAGAGCUACUAUGGACUAUCAUGCCUACUAAUUAUGCCAGUUGCUUGUUUAUUAU